UGCAGCUAUCUACACCAUCAUGCAACCCCACAUAUAAUCCACAGAGACGUAAAAGCAAGCAAUGUGUUGCUAGAUUCGGAUUUCCAAGCUCGGGUUGCUGAUUUUGGAUUUGCAAAGCUAAUACCUGACGGUGCAACCCAUGUGACCACUAGAGUAAAGGGUACCCUAGGCUACCUUGCUCCAGAAUACGCAAUGUUAGGGAAGGCAUCAGAGAGCUGUGACGUCUUCAGCUUUGGCAUUCUCUUGCUAGAGCUUGCUAGUGGCAAAAAACCCCUUGAAAAGCUCAGCUCAACAAUGAAGCGCACGAUCACCGAUUGGGCUCUGCCAUUAGCAUGUGAGAGGAAAUUCAGUGAACUGGCAGACCCGCGACUGAACGGGAUGUAUGUAGAGGAAGAGUUGAAAAGGGUUGUCUUCGUUGCGCUUAUCUGUGCCCAAAGUCAGCCUGAGAAGAGACCAACCAUGCUUGAGGUGGUGGAGCUUUUGAAGGGAGAGUCGAAAGAGAAGUUUGCUGUUAUGGAAAAUGAUGAAUUUUUCAAGAGUCGGCCUGCGGAUUAUAAUGAUGGGUCUGGUGCGGAUGAAGGGGUAGACUUCAUCUCAGAGGAAAGAGAACCAAAACAAGAAUUGACGGAGUGGGAGGGUGAAGCCGGAAAGUGA